AUGCCGAGCUUCAGCUUUUCGCCCGAGGCGGCUAUGCCGAUUAUCGAUAGCAAGGAGAUAAACCAACUGGCGCUGUCGGUGAUGUCGAGUCAAGAAACUGCUAUGGGCUCAGUCGCGCGGUCGAAGGAGUUUUUUGUUGGUUGGAGUAAAAACGGAACAGCUGAAAAUGGGAGUGUUGGACGUGGAGCAGCAGCAGCUCGUGAGAUCAGCACUGCAGGUGACAACAACGACUUCGAGCCAACGCUUCGACUUCAAGCAGAUAGCGGCAUAGUAGGAAGAACGACCCCAACCAGUAAUACUAACAACCUCAUGCAAAUAAACCACGACCCAAGCGAAAACCUCCCCAUCGACCACCGCGCGACAGCAGAGCGUGACGAGGAGGAAAACGAGAACGCUCCUGACUCCGAAAACGAUUCCGACGUGGACGUUUUUGAGCAGUUGGAGCUCCUGCAAAAGGAAAAGCGCGAGUGGAUUAUCAAGGAGCACGAUUUCCAGCACGAGAAGAAAUUUUUUCAACGGAAACUGCUGCAGAAGGACUCGUAUGCAUUGCAAAAACAUCGUACUAGUACAAAACGCAUGACAAAUUUUUCGUAAAGGAAAAAUGAAAUUUGUCAUGCAGAAAAAGCUAAAAAAGCAGAUCUGUCAUGCAAGACCUGCAUUUAUACGAGUACGAUACUUUUGCACAGGAUAACUCGGAAAUCGAGAAGCUCGAGGAAGACAUAGAUUUCUACGCGGAGCAGGCAGAGGAACUGCGCGCGAAAAAAUUGGUGCAAAUCGAGUCGGAGCUGAAGGAAGUGCGGGUGAAGUACGGAGAGGUUUGCGAUGCGAAGGAGAAACUGGAAGAGGAAAAGGCAGAAUGGAAAUGUAAGUAUUUCAACUUGCUGGAGUUGGACCAAAGUUGCACAGAAGGGGAUACGGUGCAAGAAAACGUCGAAAAAAAUCCAGACAUCAGCGGCACGAUAAGUAGAUCAGGGGCUAUUGAUGCUGGGGAGGCUGCGCAUGAUUGCUCAGAAAUAGACGAGCCUAAUGUUGUUGAUGGUACAAAUUAUCCAGGAGCACAAGCUGAGCAUCACCCGCCCGCUGGAGCGGAAACAGGCGGCACUGCGACCACGACCCCAACAGCACAGCACCACAAGAACUUGACGAAGCAGAAAAGACUGAACACCAAACUCAACAAGGAUUUGGAACUAGUGAAGCAAGAGAGAAAUGCGCUUCUGGUGGAUAAGCGCAUUCUAGAAGCGGAUGCCGAAACGAAAGAGCAACAGUUUUCGAAACUCAGUCAAGAUUUCCGACACCAGAAAAAGCUUUUGACCACAACCCAAGCAGACCUCGAGUUGUUAACCGACAAGUUUGAGCAGAAGAGGCUAGAAUUCAAGACUUUAUCCAACCACUUCGACUUGCAGAAAACGCAAACUUCUCACUUACAAAAAGAGAAUGAGAAGUUCGAUUUGGAGAACAAAGAACUGAAGAACCGAUUGGAAAUAGUGGAAACGUUUGAGCUGAAGGAUCUACAGCAAAGGAACGAUAAAAUAGAACUGCUGCUAUCAGUCGAAGAGCACAAGAAUCUCCAGCUCCGCGCUCUAAUCGAUGAGAACAAACUGCGGCAAGAUUUGGCGGAGCAGCAGCAAACGAGCGACUUCACGACCUUCGAGAAAGUAGAGCAGGUGGGGAACUUGAGGCAGGUGGAACUGCUGGGCAAGCGGAACCAAGAACUGGAAAGUGAAUUGAUAAGAUUGAAGCAGGGGAAGUUGGAGGAAGUGGAGAAAGAAAAUUUGAAACUGAUCAAACAAAAUGAAGAAUUGGAAUAUGAAGUGAAGAAGAAGGAACAAGUGGAAAUCGCGAAAUUGACCGAGUACGAGGAAUUGAUGGGAAAGCUGGAAAGCGGGCGGAUAUUGAUUCUGGAUUUCGAAUCGCGAUUGCAGCAAGCGCAUAUCUUCCUCGAGGAGGAGCGGAAGGAAAAGAACACUUUGUGGAAGGUUUUUGACGAAGAGCGGGCGGAAUUGAAAGAGAAGCAUAAUCACGAGAAGGAGAAACUGCAGAUGACCAUCGAAGACCUACGGGCGGAACUUUUCUUCUCUGGCCUAUCCACAAAAAAAACAGCACGAUAUCAUCCCCAUCCAGUUUGAUGUCAACAUCUACAAAACAUGCAUAUGAAGUCUACUUAGCAUGUUGUGCAAAAGGGGAUGGUGAUGGUUUUUUUUUUGUGGAUACGGUCGGGUAGAUUACUACAAGGACUUAGAGACCUGCUGCGAGGACUUCGGGACUAAGAUUGAAUUUUUCGAAACAACAACGAUUCCGCAGAAAGAUCGGGAAGUUUUGAAGCUGAAGAAGGAGUUGGAACACUUUGCGAAGAAUGUGGAGAAGGAAAAAGCAGAACUGCUCGAAUUACGGAACCUGAAACUGUCAGCCGAUAUGAACUUGAUCGACUUACAAGCGUGGAAGGAAAACGCUCUAGCCGAUUACAAUCAAAACGGGAUGCGAUUAGCGGACAUGGAAAAAGACGUGUUGGACUCGAAGGGAAAACUCGCGGAAACGAAACAAGAGCUGACAGUCAUCACGAAGAAACGCGCGACUGCGAUUUCAGUCGGUGUCACCGCAGAUCCUGACAUGAUCCAGUAUGGGUUCAAGCGGCACUAUGUGAAUAAAAAUCAGCAAACAGAUUGGAGCUUGCAGUUGGAGAAGAAGGAACGGAAACUCGUGACGGAGGAAGCGAAAAAUGUGUACUACGAUCAAAUGCUGGUCAAUAGUCCUGUCGGGGCGGCGGGGGAUCAUAGUCCUGACAAUUUCGAUAAUUUUUUGUACAACGAAAGCAACAGCCUCUUCUCUCCAGUUUCCUUCGGAGGUGGAGACAACAUCGGAUCGCCGACGAGUCAAACAUCCGCGCCAGGACUUGCAAGACCCGGACUUCCGGGAGUCCAUCCAGCGAAAACGCCUAAGUCCGGAAAACAGCAGCGCUUUUCGUGGCCAUAACAUGCUGAUUCGCCUGGUUUUUUGGGUCGUUUUCGUGCGCCGGCGCAAGUUGCCCGUGGCGCAAACCUCCUGGUGGAGGCUUCCCAAGCUGCCUAGCCAUGGUCGCCUUCCCUGGCUACGCAGCACCUGGGGUGGCCGUUGUUCUCGGAGUAAAUGCUCUGGCCAUGAUUGUCUUUCGAUUCUGCUCUCAGAAUGCCUGCGCAGCAUCGGGCGAGGGGGUUCUUUGGCAGAGUGGGGCUUCUGCGUGCACAGCCAGAGAGGCAGCGCCCUAUGGCCACGGCCUUGCGCCCUCCACGGCUAGUAGCCUAGGGCAGCAGGGUUUUGGGGCGUGUUCUGCCUCGCCCCGCCCAAGCCGGCAGACUGGCAGGCGUGCCUGGCGCCCUCCCUUGGUAACCUCGCGGCGCCUUGUUAGCGUCUCUACCGGCGUGCACCCUCUUCACCUGGCAGGGGCCUUGGCGUUGUCUCCCCUUGCCUCCUUCGGGCGUGUGGUGCAGCUGUGGCUUCGCCUCUUCUCAAGACGCCAGCCGAGCAAUGUCAAUUUUUGCCGGCCGCCAGGCCAUGGUGGAUAAUGUUAUCCCCGCUCUAUUGCUGGUGGUGCGGGUGCGGCGUGCCACACCAUGCAGGACGGACCCGGGACACAUUGGGGCCGCACGGUAUGGCGGCCUGUAUUUCUGGCCAAUGAGGUGCCGGGGUUUGGUCCAGCGUGUGAUGGUGGUUGUGGCAAGAAUGGCGGCAGGGCACGGCCGCCACGCUUCUGCCAGCCCAGUGCACCUUUUUUGCUUUGUUGGCGCCGCCGGGCUUCCAGCCAGCGGCGCCGUGCGCAUUCGCCCCCGAACGGGCGCGGGGGGACAGGCCAUCGCCACCCGGCCGGGCCACCCACGAAAAAAAACGCCCCGGGGGGCGGCGCCGGGGUUCUACAGAUGUUUGUGGCGCCUGCCGUCUGCUGCUGAAAAAGCCGUAUGCGCGCAAGUUUUGCGCAAGUCCGCAGCAAGUUCUGGAAUCGUCUCGCGCUAUCCACCGUUUUGGCUCUAACUUUUCUCCAGUCUCCUUCGGAGGUGGAGACAACAUCGGAUCGCCGACCAGUCAUCUGGUAUAUUUUCGCUGCGACACAUGGGUGGGGUGGUUAACUAGCUAGAAUGUGGCCGCUUGUUAUGACUAUGAUAGCCAACGGGAGAGAUCUUCGUCAGAGAUACCGGCCGCCACAGAAGAGAGGCCAUUCCGUCGCGAUUCGCGUCUGCAAGUGUAGUGGGCGCGAUGCAUACGAGAAGACGCCCGGCGUGUCACAUGUGCAACGCUUGCUCCUUCAGCAUGAUCAUGAGCGUGAUCCUGCUGACUCAACAGCAACACAAAGACCUGGAGUAAUAGAUGGCCACAAAGGCCAGAAGCCCAGGCCCGUCCGCGGCCAGCUCAGCUGCCCCCGCGCCGGCCGAAAAGCCUGGAUGCCGGCGGUGAUCAGGGUGGAGGAAAGACCGGAAAUCAAACAGCGAAAAAAGUGCGCGCACAUGCGCGAAAUUUGUGUUGCGGGAGGGUCAAAAGUGCCUCUUUUUUGAGUAUGAUCAUGUUUUUUGGCCACGAGCUAACGGCGGCCAUGGUCAUAUUUCCUGACCUGCCUCAUACCACCGUGAUUGGCGGUUUUUGUAAAAUGCUACUUUUCAGCGUUUUCGCGCCAUAGCAUCGGUUUAAAAAACAUGAUCGUGCGCUACUUUGUGUCAUUUUCUUUUAGAAAUUUUCCAACUUCUCCAAAAGUGACACAUCUGAGCUGCGGAAAAAUGGUAUGAUCAUGUUUUUCAAACACGAUGGCACAGGGCACAUAAGGCCCUCACCAGAAAAAGCAUGAUCAUGCCCAAAAUUGCCAAUUUUCGCGGUCCGCGAAAAUUGCGAAAAAGUCCGUGAAUUUCUUGUGUCGAAGACAAGAAAUCGUCCUGGCCCGGCUCAGGGCCAGCGGAUCCCGGAAUUGGUAUGAUCAUGCUUUUUAAGCACGGCGAGGCUGGGCUCUCCGGCCCCGCCUUUUGGGUGACUUUUGGUCCUGGGGCAGUGGACAAGCGAUUCGCCAGAGUCCAGGCCCCCUCCAAUAGCACGCAGGUCAAUCCUCAUCCGGGGCGCCCGGGCUCGGCUUCCCACCCCCGAACGCCCCAGCUGUGGCGCUGGCCAUCUUCCCUGCUGACGAGGCUGCAACGCAGGCGGGGUGGCGUCCCGCACAUGCUCACCCAGCAAGUGCCUUGCCAGAUCCCUCCUGUUAGCUAGCUAAGUCAUCACAUCAAGCGGCCACUAGUUGCUUCGUGACAUUCCUCCUUCCAACUCAAUCAAAACACUACGCACGCCCUACUAUCCCGGCGAGGAAAAAAAGGAAAAAAUAACGAGGCUUUUUUUUGAAAAAAAAGUGGCAUUUUUUAGGUAAAAGUGGGUGCGUGUAUGAUUAUGAUCAUUUUUUUCAGCGCGAUAUCGGAGGUGGAGACAACAUCGGAUCGCCGACGAGUCUUGUUUCCUUCGUUAUGCCUUGCACGGUCGUUAGCAUACAGAAUGGUGAAUUUGCAGUGAAUUUGUAUUGCAUGACUUGCAUUUACUAACAAAAGAGAAGGGCGCUGCGUAGGUAUGGACACGAACCCAAGCAGCCCACGCAGCGUGAAGGGCUGCUCGUCGCCCGGUGGCACUUGCAGCACCGAAAAAAGUGGUCUUGCGGGGGCCCGCCGGACUGUGUGGGGCACGCAUAUGUAACCAAAGAUGGUGAAUCGUGUGGCUCUUGUUCAUCUGCGCGUCUGCCUCAGAAGUUCCUCUCCGGAAAGGCCGGGAGGGAGGGCGACGCCUGAACACAGGGGCACUAGUUCAACACGUGCGCUCUCACGAGUUGUGGAUGUGGCUUGGAAUUGGAUAUCUGGGAGUAGCCUCGGGUGGAAAGGAAGGCACGACUCGGCUACGGGCACUAGCUUGCUUGGCCUGGUGUGCUCGGCUUACAACUCCCAAGGCGUGUUUUUGCCCCCGGAGCAAGUCUGUUUCGACGUGGCUCUCAGGUCAAGAAUUCUCUUGGUGAAUUUUGAGGCUUUUUGUUUUUGCGACACUUUUUUGAAGCCCCCAAACCCGGAGUUUCUCACGCGCUAGCGAAUUUUGAAAAGGAGCCGGAGGCCAAAAUUCACCGGCGCCCUUUUCAAAAUCCACCCCAAAAUUCACCGGGCGCCCAUUUUCGACCGUGAUAAGCAAACUUUAGCGCAGAAAAGUACUCAAAAAAGUGCACAGAUAGGCCAUGAGAAGGAACGCAAAGGGGGAAAAAGCGGAGUCCUCUGCUGCCCUAAGCCCGUCUGUAUUCUGCUGAAAAUGCCGCAAGAUUUCACGCGCCUGCCGGGAAAAUGCGUCAAAGCUCUCGGCCGGGUCCUUUCGUCCUUGCCUGCCUUCUUGCUUAGUUGUAUGCGCUUCGCAGCCUUUAUUUCUGGCGUCUUUGCCGCGGCUGCUGCAGUGCUCUUCUGCGAGAACCCGGAGGCGCAAAAAUCUGCCCAAAGAACGGCGCCCGGGCCAUGUCCUCUGGCUGCCCACUGCACAAAAGCCCGCGGCUGCUGCGCGGUGCAGGGCCUUCUACUUCCCAGAACAGGGCCAAGAGGGACAAUGUCCCGGCGGGCUCAUCUGCAAUUUGGCAUGCAAAAUUCACUGCAAAUUCACCACUUCUCAUGCUAACGGGUGUUAAAGCUCUAGUUCCUUCGGAGGUGGAGACAACAUCGGAUCGCCGACGAGUCUCUCAUCUCUGCAGAAGCAGUUCUCUAUCGGCGGCAAUGGUCCCCUGGCCGGCGGCGCGGGUGAUAGUACGAGCUUGA